AUGUGGCAUAGUCAAGUGUUUGUUCUCGGCAUUUAUGUGCUCAUAACAAUUCGUCAGAGUAGUGGCUUUCACAGCAACAACAACAACAACAACAAUCGUUUUAAUGGUGGCACUUCCGGCAUCCUAACAGCACAACACAACCAAAGGCAACAGCACAACAAUGAACAACUACAACUUCAAUUCAAUGCCGCCUGGCAACCCUUGACACAUCAUAACAAUUGGCUCAUCCUGCAGGCAACGGCAGCCAGUUCAGUGCAGCGUCAGAUGAUUGAAGAGCAGAAGGAGCAAGAGCAAAAGCUUGAUGUGGAGAAUCGUGUGGAGCAACAAGGAGGACAAGGACAAGGACUUCCUGGCAAUUACUACGCCUACAAUCAUCGGUAUCAAAAUCAAAAUGCCAGCCAAGUAUCGCCCCCUUCACCCAUUGUACACGAUGGCGGAAAUUACAAACAGGUGCGGCGGGCAACCCUAAGAGAUCCUCCCACUGGCAGCUAUGUGCUAGCCAUAAGCCAAUCAAUGCGACGAGGCCAGCUGAGGCGUCAAUUGCCUAUGGCAACACCACUCCUUCAACCUACUCAGUCUGUGUCAGAGGAUGUGGAAGCAUAUGCUGCUCGUGGCAAGCCGGAAGUGCGCGACAGGUCUUUAACUUUAACUAAUGCCGCUUUUUCUCAUGCUGAUGAUGCUUAUGCUGCUGCUGCUGCUGCUGACACAGAUGAUGUUGAUGGCGAUGGUGAUGGCCCUGAUAUCAGUGACAAGUCAUUAGACAUGGAUAUUGAUGCUUACUUGGGCCCCUUCGAACGAGCUCUGGUGAAAGUGAGCAACUUUUGCGACACAGAAGUUCAAGGUCGUUACAUUCGUCUGGCAUCUCAAGAAGAGGAGGAGGAUGAUGAGGAAGAGGGACGCAAGUUGAAAAAGUUAAAAAAGAAAAUACAGAAAUUACUGCUGCCAUUACUCAUUGCCUACAAACUAAAAUUUCUGACACUCAUACCAGUGCUAAUUGGUGGUCUAACUCUGCUGGUGGGCACAACUGGCCUGGCUGGCUUCUUUUUUGCCCUAUUUACGGCCGUAAUGAGUUUGAAGACCGCAACAGGUGGCAGUCAUGGCAGCAAAGCAUUGCUCUUAAAGAAAAUCUGA